GGCAGAGCAGGUAUUAAAAAAUCAAACCGACCCCAAACUUUAUUUUACAAACACAGCUGUAACACAACACCACCGAGGUACACAGACAGACAGACAGACAGACAGGCAGACAGGCAGACAGGCAGGCAGACAGGCAGGCAGGCAGACAGGCAGACAGGCAGGCUGUAUUAGAGAGCAGCAGCUCGACUGAUUACACCGACACAGACUUUAUGUAAAUGAGCUUCAUUAUCAUUGGCUGACCUGUUACACAACUAACCUAUCACACACCCUGGAAACCAUCGCCAUGGUGAGAGACCUUUCAUCAAUGGUAACCAAGGGAGAGGGACGGCGGGCGAGUGAGGAAUGAACACAGAGAAAGAGAGAGAGCUGCUGCCCUGCUCAAAGGCACUUCAGACACUCACUGAUGUCGAGCGUUCAUUAAACACUGAAACAGCUUCAUGUCUGUGAUCUGUCUCAGCUUCAGCCUGUCCAUCUUUGUUGUCUACAGUUACCAUGGCUACAGCUGCAACCAUGGUUACGUCACUAUGUCCUUCCAGCUCAUUCAGCAUUAGCAUAGCUAGCUGAUCAGUCAGAAGCUAAAACGUCAGAACAUUGUUGAUGUUUGACAGUCGACAAAGACAAUGAAACAUGAUGAUUCAACAAAUCACAGCAGACAGCUGAAGGAACACACAGGUCCACGCACACAGGUCCAGGUCCACGCACACAGGUCCAGGUCCACGCACACAAGCCCAGGUCCACGCACACAAGCCCAGGUCCAUGCACACAGGUCCAUGCACACAAGUCCAGGUCCAUCCACACAGGCCCAUCCUGUGAGGCUUCAUCCAGGUCAGAUCAGCUCCUGAUCAGCUGAUUGGUUUCAGCUCAUCAGCUGAUGAUACACACUCAAUGACAAAGCGUCGACCGCCUCGCACAGCUGGCGGCUUCACCUUGUCUUUAAAGUGACUGAUGUGAGAUCAGCUUUAUGUUGUUGGUGGAGAAACACCAUCCUAGCACCGAGCUGACGGAGAGAGAGGCUGAAGAACAAACCACGAGAAGAAGAGCGUUACAUGGCCACUUCCUGUUCCACUGUGGCUUCUACUUCCUGUCAGUGUGUCAGCCAAUCAACACAAACGUCAACAGAGACGGACUCCAACACACUGAAACACACACAAUAAAACUACACAACAAUACUACUGUUACUGUGUAUAGUACUGUACUGUCAGCAGUAACAGUACUGCAGUACUUACAUUUCCUUUUAUCAGGAAGGACACUUCGACAUGCAGAGGAGGAGCCGGGGAUCGAACCCCCGAUCACCGGUCAGCGGACAACCCGCUCUAGACAGCCAGCCCACUACUGUAGUAACAGUAGUGCUUCAUCAUCAUGUCACAUCUCACAAACACUAACGGAUCAGAGUGCGUCAGUGUUGCCAUGACAACAUGUGAGUAUUACAUCACUGACUUCCACCUGUCGCCAUGAUAACAGUCGACAUCACGUAACGAGGAACCUGAAACCUCCAAUCACAGACCAGACUUUACUGUACUCUACUGUGUCUUUACUGUACUCUACUGUGUCUUUACUGCACUCUACUGUGUCUUUACUCUACGUGUCUUUACUGCACUCUACUGUGUCUUCACUGCACUCUACUGUGUCUUUACUGCACUCUACGUGUCUUUACUGCACUCUACGUGUCUUUACUGCACUCUACUGUGUGUCUUUACUGUACUCUACUGUGUGUCUUUACUGUACUCUACUGUGUCUUUACUGCAUUCUACUGUGUCUUUACUGCACUCUACAUGUCUUUACUGCACUCUGCUGCGUCUUUACUGCACUCUGCGUAUCUUUACUGCACUCUGCGUAUCUUUACUGCACUCUACUGCGUCUUUACUGCACUCUGCUGCGUCUUUACUGCACUCUGCUGCGUCUUUACUGCAUUCUGCUGCGUGUCUUUACUGCACUCUGCUGCGUCUUUACUGCACUCUACGUGUCUUUAUUGCAUUCUACUGUGUCUUUACUGCACUCUACGUGUCUCUACUGCACUCUACGUGUCUUUACUGCACUCUACGUGUCUUUACUGCACUCUACUGCGUCUUUACUGCACUCUGCUGCGUCUUUACUGCACUCUGCUGUGUCUUUACUGCACUCUGCUGCGUCUUUACUGCAUUCUACUGCGUGUCUUUACUGCACUCUACGUGUCUUUACUGCACUCUACGUGUCUUUACUGCACUCUACAUGUCUUUAUUGCACUCUACUGCGUCUUUACUGCACUCUACUGCGUCUUUACUGCACUCUACUUCGUCUUUACUGCAUUCUACUGCGUGUCUUUACUGCACUCUGCUGCGUCUUUACUGCACUCUACUGCGUCUUUACUGCACUCUGCUGCGUCUUUACUGCAUUCUACUGCGUGUCUUUACUGCACUCUACUGCGUCUUUACUGCACUCUACGUGUCUUUACUGCACUCUACGUGUCUUUACUGCACUCUACUGCGUCUUUAUUGCACUCUACUGCGUCUUUAUUGCACUCUACUGCGUCUUUACCGCACUCUACUGCGUCUUUACCGCACUCUACUGCGUCUUUACUGCACUCUACUGCGUGUCUUUACUGCACUCUACUGCGUGUCUUUACUGCACUCUACUGCGUGUCUUUACUGCAUUCUACUGCGUGUCUUUACUGCACUCUACUGCGUCUUUAUUGCACUCUACUGCGUCUUUACUGCACUCUACGUGUCUUUACUGCACUCUACGUGUCUUUACUGCACUCUACGUGUCUUUACUGAGGAGGGAAAACACACCUGCAUUCUCACAUUCACCUGGUUCAGUACAGACCUGUCCUCAGGCUGCAGGUCUGUACACGCUGCAGCAAACAAAGACCAUCCAACCAGCAUCACAAUACACCUGAACACACACACAGAGCUGCAGGCUGCUGCAGGCACACACCUGUUGCAACGCUGCUGCUGCUUCCCUCCAAACUGCAUAGACACACACACACACACACACACACACACACACACA